AUGGUAUCAACAGAGCAAGCGUGCACCAAGAUGGGUCUGCUGCUACAGAGGUGCACCAGGCACCUAUUCCUUGCGCUGAUCUUCCUCAAGGCUGCCGGGGUCCUGGCCUUGAUGUUCUAUGCACUGUACUGGGAAGCCGGGAACCUGGUUGACCUCCCCGACAAACGCAUUGGCUUUUUCAACUUCUGCCUGUGGAAUAAGACUGAUAGGGAGCUGCAGUGCCUGCAGUACAAGCAUCUGCAGGUGAUGGGCAUCAGCCUAGUGGGAAUGGUGCUAGCAACAAUUUGUGUGUAUGCCUCCCUGGUCCUCAGCAUCUUCUACCCUAUUUUUUUUGCAUAUGUGAAGUGCACAGAGAAGAGAGAGGGCUGGAAGGUGAUUCUCAUCGUACUCACCAUCCAGAUAAUAAUGCUGACUGUAGGCCUGGGUACAUUUCUUUUCGAAACCUCGCAGUGGAUUCACCCCUCUGAUUUCACUUGGGGCUUCACAGCACUGCUUGGGACUCAGGCUCUUCUACUGCUCCUGAUUCUCACUGUCACUAUGUACCUCAGAUGGGCCAAGCAUGCACACCCAUAUGAAGGCCUUUUUAAUGAGGGGGCUCUGCCCAUUAAGAUUUGA